GUAAUAAAUCCGCAACUAUGUUUAAAUCAUAAUGACCGUCGGUAGUAUGUUUCGCGAUUAAGGGCCCACCGGGAAAACUCAGUGAAAUCGAGUGUGCCCAUCGAUUUACGCGAAAGAAAGAGGCACCCAUGUCCGUGUCGUACGUCCUGUCGGGGUGUUGGUGUUAUGUGCGGUGGCUAAAUUGUGCAUGAUACAUACGUGCGUGCAUGCGUGCCGGUAUAAUGCAACGCGUUUACUCUGUACAAAAUACAAUCUGCUUGUCUUAGAUCUUACUUGACCAGAGUGGAAUCAAGAAUUAUUUUAAUGUGUCUAGAAUGCAAUAUUUAGGCGUCAGCCAAAGAUCGCGCGUCUAACUUGCGAUUUUUGAAUACGUGCACGUUGUUCCACGAGUUAAGACACGCGACUCGCGCGUUAUCAGCGAUACUAUUCAGGUGCGGGGACCACAUCCCUGUUUCGCUCAUUUGUAUAUGCGUGUGUGUAAGUGGUUGCGUGUGUGUGUGUGCAGUUUCGCGGGGUUGGAAUGUCUUCUCUCCACGCGUUGCACGUUGUGCGUGCAUAGGCGUGUGCACACGCGACACACGUCAUUCGCUUAUGGGUUCAUACGUGCGACAGUGUGUAUUUUUUACAAGGGUACAAGCACUAGUUGGUUAAUGUGAUUCUGUUCGUGUAUAUGUGUGAUCUCGUGCAAUAUAUCUACGCAUACUGCAUGCCACUGGAAUUUACGAAAAAGCACGCGAACUCUGUCCAGCUACGACGCUGUCGGCUGAGGAAAUCGAGAUACACGGUGUCACACUCGCAUGCUCAUCGCUCCCCUCGGCUAUUCAUACUUGGAGUUGCGCCAAAAUGGGCGCUAUCAAAUAAUUUCAUGCAGUGGAAUUACAUACAAGAGUUGGUAGCACAUGGUGGUGUACCAAAUACAUACAAUUCAUGUCAUAAGGAGGAAAACACAGAUAUUGAUCCUAAAAGUGAAUUUUCUACAGAGCAACAUACAAAUAAGUCAAAGAAUACUUAUUUUGCAAGUGUUUGCAAAUCAAUAUUAAGUAAUUGGGAGGAUUUCGAAAUGUCAGGACAAUAUCCAGGUCAUAGCCGACCUCCGGUUGGCACACCUCCACCGCAAACAGUCUGGAACCAUCUUACAAUGACACAAGGUCAAGUUUCAGGCUUAAAUAUUCAUCCAACAGCUCUGUCUGGUGCUGCAUUAAGUCCAGCUGGAUUUUAUACACAUCCAUCUAUGGCAAGGGCAUCUCAUAUAACAUCACAACUUACACCUCAACUUGCACAUACUCAAGCACCUCCAACAUGGCAUACACCAACUGUUCCAUCAAAGAGUGUUACUCCAGCCAAUACUCCAGGAAAUCCUUUAUUUAGUUUACAAAUGCUAGUAGAUAAUAGACAGAAUCAAAGUCAGUAUAGAAACUCACCAGGUUCACAGAGUACGUUAGACUUAUCUUCUACAUCCGAAAUUAUUCCUGAAAAUUAUUCUCGAAUACCUCAAGAUAUUCCAAUAAGUUUGACUGCGAGAAAUGUAGAUAAGAGUAGUAGAAAUGGAAAUAUAAUAUCUCCUCCUAUACCUUUAAAUGGAGAAACUUCGUCGGAUAGUGGAAUUAGUUCAUCGGUUCCAACACCUAAUUCUGUUAGUGAACCAGUUUCACUUUCAACAAAAGAAGCUACAACACCUAAAAUAACAGUAAAAAACUUUGGACAAGCUCCGUUCAGUGAAAAAGGCGUGGCAAACCUCCAUGAUAAAAUUAAGGAAAUAAGUGUAGAUAAUUUUACGCAAAAAGUGAUAAAUCUACCACCUAGUGUAACAAUCGAAAGGGUAAUGCCAGAUAAAAAAGAAACUGAAGUUACAAAGAAUAAAGAUACAUUAAGUGUUAUUGCACAAGUGCCAAGAAAUGUCCUACCUGUUAUUGUAAAUCUCACCUCGAAAGGAGACAAAGAUGUAACAGACAGUCCAAAACGAGAAUCAUCACUGGAGCGAGAACGAAAAAUUGAAGAAACAAAUGUAAGAUCACCAAAAAAUUUACCGAAAAGAGGUAAAAAGGGCGUUGACUCUUUAUUGGAAAAAUUAGAAGGUGGGAACAAGAAACUUGGUAGCGCUGAAAAUAUUGGAUCUGUCAUUGUGAUGCCAGUAGAAGAGAAGGACACAUCUAGUGUAAAAAGUAUGUCUCCAGACCGACAAAAAUCGAAGUCUCCAAACAGGGAAGAUGAAGUUGUAUCUCCAGCAUUCAGUAAUGACGAUUCUAACGAUAACACCAAACAACGCAGGAAAAGAAAAUUGGAAAAGCCUGUACGACUUAGCAAGGAUUCCAAAACAGAAGUAGAAGAUAUGGAAUUGGAGCCCACAGAACCAUCAGAGUCUAGAGCAUGUGAACCAAUAAUACCAGGAGAUGUGACAAAUGCUGUGCCAGUUGUAAAGGUUGAAGACAAUACUGAAUCAGUAGAGCAGAGAAUACCUGAUAAAGUCGAAGAUAACGUAGAAGAAAGGAGCGAAGAAAACCAACCAAUUAGAAGGCGACGAAGUAGCGAAAGUACACCUCCUAGUUCAACUCCUACAAAUCAGAGGGUCCGAAGAAAAUCUAGCGAUGACGCCACUGAAUUUUCAAAAGUUACAAGUCCAAAAGGUGUAAAUAAUACAAAUCCAUUUAACGAAGUCGAAUCAGAACUAGAGAAAAUGUUUGCUGGUAUUGUUGAAACAGAGACAGAUGUCAAAAAAGAAGAAUCAAAAACAGAACUUGCAGAAUCUGAAGAUCAAGCUGGUAGCACAACAAAAACAGACAGUUUAGAAAAUAGUAUCCUACAUCCAAAAGAUACACAAAGCCUAAAUCUUACUGAUGUUUCAUCCACAGUUGAUACAAAACUGUCUGGAAAAAAGGGCAAGAAAACUAAAGUGCAAGCCGGUAAACGGAAAAUAUCUAGAUCGUCUGAAAAUAUUUUCGGAGCUAUAGGUAAUGACAUACCCCAAAAAGAAAUCAAAAAACGAAAAAUGUCUAAAAGUUCAAAGAGGCAAAAUGUGUCGAAAAAAACAAAGAAAAAUACGAAAAUAGACGGACUAAGAGAAAUGGCGUAUGAUUCUGGGUCAAAUGCAAGUUCUAUUAGAUCUCGUGGACCGGUAGUUCAUGUUGAAGGUCCAAGAGAUAGCCCAUUAAGCAUUCAAGUAGUUAAUGCUCCAAGGGAAGAUGAAGAAGAAAAAAAUAAAGAAAAGCGGAAAAGUGUUGGAAACGGCAACGCAGGAAGAAGUAAGAGACUUAGUCACCAGAACGAUUUAGAUUAUAGGGGUAAAGUCAGUAGAGCUGGUCUCUUCAGUUCAACAUUAUCAUCACGCUAUGAUGCACAUACAACAGAUUCUACAUGGGUUUGCGUAUUUUGUAAGCAGGGUCCACAUUCUGUUGUACCUGGGGAUCCUUCUCGACCCCAUCCCAAUCUGGCUGGCCCUCAUAUAGCACCUGGAACUUACACUGUUCCAGCAGGUGUUUUAAGUGACUUAUUUGGUCCAUAUUUAAUUGGUAAAGAACGUUUAGAAGAUGGAAUUCUAUCAGCAGAUGAGCAAGAAAUUACUACAGAACAAAAAAAGGGCGGUAAAAAUAAGAGAAGUUUGAGAUAUGCUGGUCUAGCUGAUCAAUUUACUGCGAAAAUGGGAAAGAAGAAACGAAAUUCUGUAGAAAGUAAUACGAAUGUCAUUUUUACUGGAAUGACUGUACUACCAGGGGAAGAACAACGUUGGGAAGUGUGGCUUCACGAACAGUGUGCCGUUUGGGCAGCUGGAGUAUAUAUGGCAGGGGGCAGAGUAACAGGUUUACAAGAAGCAGUGUGGGACGCAGCGAAGUCGAUGUGCGACGCAUGUGGUUUAACAGGAGCAAAUAUUGGGUGUGUUAAACGGGGUUGUAAGGCUGUUACACAUUACCCUUGUGCUCUGACAAGAGGUUGGCACUUGGAUACUAAUCAGUAUAUACCGAAGUGUAACCUUCAUCGAGUUACGUGAAACUUCGCAUUUAAGAGUUUUGAGAUGUUUUGAAAUUACGCUUUGCGUCACAUGAUGCGUAAGUGUGUUUGAAGCGUGAAAGUAUACAUGUCAUGACAGACAUAUGGCAAUUUCCAUACACAAAAUAUCAAUAUGCUCGACAGAAAUACCUUCCAAUGUACAAGAUGUUCAAAUAAGAAUGUUGUUGUCUUUAAGAAUUCCAAACGAAAAUGGAAAUUAACGGAAGCGGAGAAACGGAAGUUCUUCUCGUUAAUAAAAUUUAAUUAAUUUUCUUGGCCUGUGGCCUUGAACAGUGGCCUUUUCGACCUAAUGUAAAAGCAAGAUUUUUAAUUUAAAAUCUGUAAUAUAGACAAAUCGUUGCUGAGGGAUAAUAUUAAUCAAAAAAUAUUUGCUUUUUUACUCAUACUUAAGAAACUUUGGAACGUUACAAAAUUUUCCCUGAAACAUCAUGUACGCAGGAAUAGCAUAUAGGGCAUAUUGUAUCAAAAUUUGUAGAAAAAAAACAGAAUUCGGCGAAGGUUUGAUAAUUAUGGUGUUCCCGCAAAGAUUCGUAUGUGUGUACAUAUAUAAAAUAGGAUAGAUUAUUAAUCAAUUAAAUUUGUGAAAUUUGAACAUUUAUGAUAGUUUUCAUAAAAAGUGCGGACUAAAGACAUACGGACAAGUGUUCUCCUGUGAAUGUAAGAAAUCACCUGUAAAUAACAAAGUUCUUAUAUGAGAAAA